UGAUGAAUGUAACGCACCCUGAGCGCUCGGAUGAAGGCGGCGCUAGUGGAGCCCGUGCAGCAGGGCCUUGCCUUUGUGGUGCUAGAGAAAGAAGAUGGCUCCCGUUCUGGAGAAACAACUACCGGGCGCUGCCGGGGCAGGCGACAAUAACAACGAAGAGGAAGAGGGACAAAACCUUUGGACCUCGAUAUUGAGCGAAGUUUCUACUAGAUCGAGUUCAAAGUUGCCAUCAGGAAAAAAUAUCCUGGUAUUUGGUGAAGAUGGAUCAGGAAAAACAACACUUAUGGCCAGACUUCAAGGAGCUGAACACAACAAGAAAGGGAGGGGACUGGAGUAUCUGUACUUAAGUGUGCACGAUGAGGACAGAGAUGACCUUACUCGUUGUAACGUGUGGAUUCUUGAUGGAGACGUGUACCACAAAGGCUUACUUAAGUUUGCAGUUUCAGCUAAGUCAUUACCUGACUGCUUAGCAGUGUUUGUUGCGGAUAUGUCGCGGCCCUGGACCGUUAUGGAGUCACUGCAGAAGUGGGCGAGUGUUCUUCGUGACCACGUGGACAAGCUGAAGAUCCCUCCUGAAGACUUGAGGGAAAUGGAGCAGAAGAUGGUGAAGGCAUUUCAAGAAUACACAGAACCAGAGGACGCCACGCCAUCCUCCCCACAGAGACGGGUGCCCACGGCAGUGGAAGAUGAGGCUGUUGUGUUACCACUUGGGGACAACACACUCACAUACAACCUGGGUAUUCCAGUGCUAAUAGUUUGCACAAAGUGUGAUUCAGUCAGUGCACUAGAGAAGGAACAUGACUACAGAGAGGAGCACUUCGAUUUCAUCCAGUCUCACAUCAGGCGAUUUUGCUUACAGUAUGGAGCUGGUCUGAUCUACACUUCAGUCAAAGAGGAGAAGAACCUGGAUCUGCUUUACAAAUAUAUAGUACAUAAGAUGUAUGACUUUCAGUUCACCGCUCCUGCUGUAGUGGUGGAGAAGGAUUCAGUGUUCAUUCCUUCUGGGUGGGAUAAUGAAAAAAAAAUUGGCAUAUUGCAUGAAAACUUCACAACUGUCAGACCUGAAGAUCCAUUUGAAGAUUUUAUCACAAAGCCUCCAGUUCGCAAGCUGGUACAUGACAAAGAGAUAAAUGCGGAGGAUGAGCAGGUGUUCCUGAUGAAGCAACAGUCUUUGUUAUUGAAGCAGCCAGCCACACCAACAAGAGGACCAACAGAGUCUCCAGGACGACCAGCCUCUGCGUCUCCCAGGCCCGCGGGUCGUGCUGGCCAAACCAACAUAACCAGUGGCUCACCGAUGGCUGCUGUGAAAAAACCUGACCCUAACUUGAAAGCGGGGGCGGCCAACGAGGGAGUGCUGGCUAACUUCUUCAACAGUCUGUUGAGCAAAAAGACUGGAGCCCCUGGGAGUCCAGGCUCUGGAGCAGUUGGCGCAGGAGUGCAGGGGUCUGCCAAGAAAACAGAAGCCGGGUUUGACUGAUGUCCAGGCUGAGUUGGACAGAAUGACUCGUAAACAAGACUCCAUGGUUUCAGCUAACAACAUACCACCGCCGACAGAGAAUGAAGCGUGAAGGCAACGAAAGCAGCUGCAUCAUCCACUGCGUUAAUACUCUGGAAAAAUACAUGUACAUGUGAGCAUAGAAAAUUGACCAAAUUCCCAAUGUCUGCAACAGUCAGCACACACAGUGGUUCCACCAAAAGAAUUUCAAAUACUGUCAGAUGUUUUGGUGAGACAGGGGGAGAGAGAGAGAUAACAGAGAUUGGUGUGUUCCGGACCCAAGUGCUGACGCUUGGCUUUAUUUCUGUACUCUCUUCCACUGUAAAUGUUAGUUAGUGAGGGAUGUCGGUUUCUGGAAAAGCGUGCACACUCCCUGGCAGCCAUGACGAUGUGCUGAGCUGCAGGACCCCCGUUUCUGGGGAAAUCCACCCUUCCCUCACGGGUGUAAGGAGCGGAAACGUUCUGGUCUUGGUGCCUCUGUUUCACCUUAUCUAAUGGAAGGAAUUUGGUAGUGAUUGGAAAGGUAUUUAAAUAUAUUAACUGAGAAAAGUAAUAAGACUUGCAAACAUGUAGUAUGUAAAAAAAAUGUUUGAAAUGAUACUGAUGUAUUUAUACAGAAUUCCUCCUUUUUAUUAUGUGCUUCGCUUAUUGAUUCAUUAAGGAAACUCAUCUGGAUCGCAAAACAUGUUCAAAAAGCCACUGAUGUCAUGACACUAAUAUGACAAGUGCCGGCAACAUAUCAUCAAUUACCCAUGUCAUCUCACAGGAUUCUGUAAAUAUAAAUACAGUCGGUUUAUCCAGGUUUGCUUUGAUUUUUGUAUAAAUUGCAAUUAUUACAGGUGGGAGCAGAAUUCCCUUUUUUAGCUCCAAGUGUGUGUAUUCAGGGGAAGGGGUUGGGCAGCAUCUUUCCUUAUAUCUCCUAAGUGCCUCGCACAGUUAGCUGUUUGUGUCAUAGUAGAGGUGCUUGUCUACGUAAGAGGCAAUGCACCGUAGCACCGUCAGUUAAAAGGUUUUUGUCCAAUUCUUGUCAUUCAAAUAAUUUAUUUCACUUUAACAUUUUUACAACAAGCCUGUGGUCUCAGUUUUCGUUUUCCAAACAUUUUUCUGUGGCCCAGUCCAGCAGAGCAAUAGAUUGAGCGCCUUUCCACAUGCCGUAAAGGCUGCUGAUUCAAAACUUAGCCCACGUAACGGAACUUCAGCAGCCCCCUACAUUAACAUUUACUGUGGCUAAAACCACUCACUUCACAGUCGAGACACACGCCAGAAAUUGCUGUUGUUUGACAGCAAUGUCCUUUAUUUUACAAUUAUUCACGUCAGUUACAACAUUCCUAGUUUUUACAUGAAGUAGCUGUAGAAAGUUAAAAAAACAAAAAAACAAAGCUUGUUUGUUCAGUCAGGUGUUUUUUGUUCACUCUUUCAGUGCCCGUUUCAAAUGACGCUCUUUGCCUUCACUUACAGCAUAAACCUUGUCACUGGACACCCUGCCUUCACAGGAAUGCUCCUAUUUAAUGUGCGUGUCUUUAAGGGGCUGCUUAAUUGUCUUGUCUAAUUAGCUUUUUUUUUAAACCAAACCUUUACACUGCAUCAUAUCACACAAUCUGUAAUAGUCGAAUCAAAAUGCAUUAGUUUUACCGUUGUUUUAAGUCUGUCUGCAACGCCCUACUUAAUCUUAUGGACAGGGUUCAUUAGUGGCUUUUACAGAAAUAAUGGACAGGAGUGAAGAGAUGAGCUGUUUGCUAUUCAACUGAUUUGGGACAUUCAACCAAAGAAGCAUAUUAGUAUCUGUAAUCUGCUUUUGUAGGUCCUCAGCCACCCAUAAGAUUAACCUGCGGCUGUGUAUUGUGCUGCUGUCCAAUGGAGCUUUUGCAUUCCACACUUCAGACCUCUGGGAAUGAUUUUGAAUAGCACUCGAUAAUGACAAUAGAAAUGCCUUACUCCCCAUCCUACCUACGUUUAGGGUUUUGGAGGACAGUAGAUCAUGCUAAAUUCUUUUAACUGGUCUACAGAUAAAUUGCAACGAUUUGCUCUUUAAGGGAAUAACCACAUGACCACAUCGGUGUACAGUCUAUGCAUGACUUGCUUUGUUGUGAAAAUGAUCCUGUCCAACUGUCGUGGACUUAUUUUUUUGAUCAGGUCUGACUUCUUAUGUUUUAUUCUCUGUUCUUUAUUUCUCUUUUUUUUUUCUUGUGACUGGGUGGAAUGUGCACCCGAGGGUAUAUUGCUGACAUGGAUGAAGCACAAUUAGAGCAGCCAGAAGCAGUACCGCCACAUGUUGAAAUAAGCACUUUUCCCUGGACACUUGUAUCGGUUCCCUUUUGCUACUCUUAAAAAUACAGAAUGCUUUGUUUUCUCAUUUUGCCUUUUAGACAAAUGUUGUAGUGACCAUAGACGUUCAGAGUAACACUGCGUUAUUUAUCUGCAUUUGCUGCUUAAGUUAUGGAAGGUGCCCCUGGUGGCAUGAGGAUAACUCUUUCUCAGUCCCGUAUAAGUCAUGUCAGCUCCGGGAGAGAUGUUUUUGGGGACAUCUUGAAGUAGGUAAACCAAAUAAAUGUCCACUCAUUUUCAGGUUUGUCCUUUUUGUGCCCAUGAAACCUGUUUGUGUUUACAUCCUACUAAGGCAUGUCUUGUUUAUGUUGCUCCUCGAGGCCGUCUGAUUAUAAUUAUUACUUUUUUUUCUUCAUAAAGUCACACUAACCUGAUUGAUCGAUCUUUCUUAAUGUAACAUGGCCGCACAUGUUAAAUUUGGCAAUUUUAGCCAAGUGGAAUGAAUUGGUCUCAUGCUGCUUGGUUGCACUUGCUCUUUGUGAAGAUUAGCUGUUGCUCUCAAGGUUGAAUAAUGAACCGAUGUAACUUUUGUACUUAGAUGUCAGUUGAAACCAACUGCCUCUUCACAUCCUAACGGAAUUGCCUUCUACCACUAUUGACAGUCUACUUCUGAGACUACGAGCUUCUGCUUCCAGCCCUUUUGUAUACAGAAUAUCAAGACAUUGUACGCACAUGGCUGGCUGUGUUUUUGUGUCCAGAUUGAAUUCAGAAGUUUGAUUGUAUAACUUUAACACGAUACUGUAGCCUCUGAGCUGCCGUGUGGAUCCUAGCUUCUUACGCCGACAAAGAUAAGGAAAAUCACACCCCUGGCUUCAAUAAAACCGAGAAUCCAA